UGGAACAAAUUCAAAUCUCCGUUUAUAGAUACAGGUAUAUAUAUACUUAUAUAAUUUGUAAUACACAUACAUAUGGGUCUUAAUUAUUUACUUGUUAUAAUAUAUUGAUUAAUUAGAAUUUUUGCUGGGUUUCAUUUCUUAUGUGAGAAAAAAAGUAUAUAUUAUAUAUAUAAAGAAUAUAACUUUUUUUUUCUGUCUAAGUACAAAUGGUAUAUAUGACCAUGUUCAUAAUGUGUGUGUGUGUGUGUUUUUUUUGAUAUAAUGAAUUAAUGAAUGUGUUUGCAAAGGUGGCAGGUCAUCACGCAUAGAGGGUGGCAAUGAUAGGUUGUCCAAUAACAAGUUGAGUGUUAAUGAAGAGUACGCGAAGGCCUUCCGAACAAGCUCUUAUGAAGAAAUGUGGGGAAGAGUUGAUGGGCAAUUAGGAUUAACAACAACUACUACCAGUUCAUUAGAACCAAGGCCAGAAACACUGAAGAACAUGAUGGAGAGAUUAAAACUCCACCACCUUUUGAUCGAAUACUUCGACGCAAGCACACAAGCAUGUCACACGUGCGAAUUGCUUCUACAAAGCAUCCAUCAAACUCGUUCCGAAUAUAGGAAAAUAGAAAAGGUCAUUAAUGAUGAGCAAAAGGGUAUUAAUACUCCAUGAUUGUACUACUAAUAGUAGUAAUAAUUAUGGUGAAGAUCAUCAUAGUCAUGAGCAUGACCAACAAGAAUAUUAUUGCCGAGCCAUAUUCAGAGAGCUGACUUCGGUUAGAUUAAUAAACCCUUUGACAAUUAUAAGCCCUCUUGAAUAUCGAGAUAUUCGGAAAAGUUACAUGGUUUUGCUCCAUAAACUAACAUCCAAACAGAAGAAGAUUAAAAGGAGAGAAAAGGUGAAGAAAAUAUGUAAGAAAGUUGGAGGAGUUGGGCUCGUGGUAUCGCAUAGUUUGGUCUUGGUUGCCUUGUUCGUCUUUGCAAUAUUACAUGGCAUGUUUGGUCUUGUGGCGGUUCCUGCUGUAAUGGGCUGUUCUUCAAUUUACUUGGGUAAAAAGAGAAAACUGGAUUUGGUGGCUCCAAAUCGGGUUGGGAAGGUAAUAAAUAGUAGAGGAGGUGGUGGGGUUGUUGAGCAGCUUGAUGUAGCUGCAAAAGGGGUUUUUAUAUUGAUGAAUGAUUUUGAUACGAUGAGUCAAAUGGUGAGAAGGUUGCAAAAUGAGGUCGAGCACAAGAAAUCUGCGGCUGAUAUAUGUGUGAGGAGUAACAAGUUUGAGCUAUUGAAGGAGGUUGUGAAGGAGUUUCAUGCUCAGGAUUCUAGCUUUUUGGAGCAACUACAAGAACUUGAAGACCAUAUUUACCUUUGUUUACUCACCAUAAACCGAUCCAACAAGCUACUAAUUAAUCCAACAGAUUAUAGCUAGGAUCGAUCAACUCGAUCGAUGUGCACCAUAAAUAGGAUAUAUAGUACUAUAUAUAGUUCUCUGAUGAUCUAUAAAUGUAUAUUAAUAUAUAAUAUGUAUACAAGUCAUUGGGUAACAUAUAUUUAUAUAGUAUCAUGUUUACUUGCAAUAGAAAUUUAAUAUUCUUCACACAUUGUUUUAAUGCAGUUAACGGCUUAUAUUUAGUUAAAGAUGCUGUUGUAGAAUUUUUGUCUUUUUUUAAUUUAUACUGCUUGGUUAGUUUAUUUUUAUUCAUUAUGCUCCAUAGGUGCAUGUAAUAUACUAUUAUGUACAAUUUAUCUAUUAAUAUAAUGAAAAUUCUAUUUCUUCCAAAAAA